UAAAAAACUCAAGACAAACGAAGCUAGUCAGUCAGUCAAAACGGUUUACAAAUCAGUUUAGGCGCGAUUUUCAUUUGGAUAGUUCGAGCUCGUCCGCGAGCUCUUCGAAAUUUCCCUUCAUUAUUCGAGUAUAAAUUCUUAAAUAGUUACCACUAUUAUUGUAUAUUAUAUACAAUGAACUGAAAAGACAGUUGUAGCAAAAACAUCCUUACGGUGAAAGUAACUAAACUUUGAAACAUCAUAAGCCUUAAAUAUUAAAUUUCAAAAUGGUGCAAAUUAACUCUGGCAGUGGCGAUCACAUUCACACAGUAACUUUGGAUAAAACCGGAAAGAAGUCAUUUGGAAUUUGUAUAGUCAGAGGAGAGGUUAAAGACUCCCCAAACUCGAAAACAUCCGGAAUUUUUAUAAAAGGUAUAGUUCCAGACAGCCCUGCCCACUUGUGUGGGAAACUAAAGGUGGGAGAUCGGAUAUUGUCGUUAAACAAUUACGAUGUCCGAAAUGCUACAGAACAAGCGGUUAUCGAGCUAAUUAAAGAUGCUGGCAUCAAAAUAAAUCUUGAAAUUCAAACUUUUGGAAAGGAUGAGAAGAAAACGUCAGAACGUGAACGCAACGAAAAUGGUUACGUGCAAGUCAAAGCAAAAUUCGCUCCAGAACCGCCAAUGUCGGCGAAUAAAAGUUCGGUUCCUAAAGAAACCCCGCGAAAUCCGGCGUUUUCUGCCUCCAUACGUCAGAAACCAGCUUCUAAUUUUACAGCCAACGACGAAGAGGACGAGGACACACGAGAUAUGACUGGCCGAAUUCGCACAGAAUCUGGAUAUGAAAUCGAUCGAGCGUCUGCCGGUAAUUGUAAACUCAAUAAACAAGAAAAAGAACGAGACAAAGAACAAGCCGAUGAGUUCGGAUACACAAUGGCGAAAAUCAAGAAACGUUAUAAUUUAAUGAAAGACCUGCGGAAAAUAGAAGUGACGCGCGCGCCUAAUACCUCACUAGGAUUGGCCUUAGCCGGCCACAAGGAUAGAAGAAAAAUGGCUUGCUUUGUAGCUGGAAUAAAUUCCAGUGGCCUAUUAGCUUCAGUGGAUAUAAAACCGGGUGAUGAGAUUCUUGAGGUGAACGGAAAUGUUUUACAGAACCGUUGCCAUUUGAAUGCCUCAGUGAUAUUUAAAAACAUCGACACCGAGAGAAUUAUUUUUAUAACAUCACGCAGAAAAGACAAUGAUGAAGGAAUAUCUGUAAACCCCAUAAAGAAGUUCCCAAAGGAAGUCGAUGAUACCAAGUUUUUAUUUGAUUUAUAUCCCAAUGCACGUUCAGUACAAGUUAAAAAAGAAGGAUUUUUAGGAAUUAUGGUUAUAUAUGGAAAGCAUGUCGAAGUGGGCAACGGUAUAUUCAUAUCUGAUUUGCGCGAAGAAUCCAAUGCAGUAACGGCUGGAGUAAAAGUCGGUGAUAUGUUAUUAGCUGUCAACAAAGAUGUCACUUUGGAAUCGAAUUAUGAUGAG